AUGGCCGUCCUGAUCAAGAAGCCGGACGAUGAGCCGGGCUCGGCUUGGGUUGCGAUCGUUAUAGGUGUGUUCGUCGCCUUUGGGGGAAUCUUGUUUGGGUAUGAUACGGGAACAAUCAGCGGCAUCAUCGCCAUGCCUUUUUGGCUCAGGGGAUUUAACAGAGGAUAUACGAAUGCUGGUGGCGAACCCGCCCUCAAUCCAUCCGACGAGUCUUUGAUCGUGUCGAUUCUGUCCCUGGGGACUUUCCUUGGUGCUCUCACUGCCGCUCCAUGCGCCGAUUUUUUCGGUCGUCGUUUGGGGCUUAUCCUUUCUACCGCUAUUGUUUUCAACCUGGGUGUUUUACUUCAGACGAUCGCUGUGGAUCAGCCCCUCUUCAUCGCUGGUCGGUUUUUCGCAGGGUACGGUGUUGGCCUCAUCUCUGCACAAAUACCACUUUACCAAUCGGAGACCGCACCAAAGUGGAUUAGAGGCACUAUAGUCGGCUCGUACCAACUGGCCAUAACAAUAGGCCUGUUUUUGGCAGCAAUCGUCAACAAUGGUACCAAAGAUCGCAACGAUAGCGGCUCGUACCGUAUCCCUGUGGCGCUCCAAUUUUUAUGGGCCAUUAUUCUCUGUGUCGGACUGUGCUUCCUUCCGGAGACUCCCCGAUGGCUCAUCAUGAAAGGCAAGGAUGAAAAGGCGGCGAGAUCGUUUAGUCGGUUGCGCCGGCUAGAUCCCACACAUCCAUCGAUCGUGGACGAGUUUAACGAAGUCAAAGCCAAUCAUGAUUAUGAGGUAACUCUUGGCAAGGCCAGUUAUGCGCAGUGUUUCAAAGGCACGGUUGGAAAGCGACUGUUUACCGGUUGCGCCUUGCAGGCCUUGCAACAGCUUUCUGGUGUGAACUUCAUCUUCUAUUACGGCACAUCUUACUUUGAACGUGCUGGCUUCCAGAAUCCAUUUAUCAUUCAGGUCAUCACCAAUACAGUCAAUGUGGUCUCGACCCUACCUGGUUUAUACUUGGUCGAGAAGCUUGGACGCCGAGGUCUACUUCUUCUUGGUGCGAUUGGAAUGUGUGUUUGUCAGUUCAUCGUUGCCAUCGUUGGUACAGUCGCAGGCACCACAGACCUGCCGGCUCAGCGUGCCGGUAUUGCUUUCACAUGCUUUUACAUCUACUUCUUUGCAUCUUCGUGGGGACCCGUGGCGUGGGUGGUAACCGGGGAAUUGUUUCCCCUCAAAGUGCGAGCUAGAGCUCUCAGCAUGACCACUGCUACCAACUGGCUUUUCAACUUCGCUAUUGCAUAUUCAACCCCCUACCUCGUCAAUGAAGACGCAGCGAAUCUUCAAGCCAGAGUGUUCUUCAUCUGGGGUAGCUGCUGCUUGAUUGCCAUUUUCUUCGUGUGGACCCUCAUCUACGAAACAAAGGGCCUGUCCUUGGAGCAAGUCGAUGAACUCUAUGGUAUCGUCAGCAAAGCGUGGAAGAGUAAGGCUUUCAGGCCAAAGGUGUCGUUCAGAGAGGUCGAGGCAGGUGAGCGCCGAUUGAGCUACCGUGAGCUGAGUGUUGCACAGGAGAGGAGGCACAGCAAGGCUGGUUUUUAG